AUGAGGAGAAAUACAAAUGUUAUUGGGUUUGCUGUGGCUUCCUUUGCUGUAGUUUCUGUGGUGGUAAUAACAAAGUUUUCUUCCAAAGGACUGUAUUGGUCUUAUUUCUCAUCAUAUGCAGGGACAUGGACUACUUUUCUUGGGGUUACUUCUGAUCCUUCUUCAUCGCAGACAAAUUCAGCAUUCCCAUCAUUCAUUGCUGACAAUAGAGCUAAGAAUAGGAGAGAUGAAAAACUGGAGAGGCUAGAAGCACGUCUUGAUAAGGCUCGGGCUUUGAUUUGGGAGGCUGGAAGGACAGAUAACAGUACAUUUGCUCUUGAAGAUGCAGAUUAUGUUCCGCAUGGUGGCAUUUACAGGAAUGCAAUCGUCUUUCAUCGGAGUUACCUCCUAAUGGAACGCUUGUUUAAGAUCUUCAUUUACAAAGAGGGAGAACCGCCCAUAUUUCACAAUGGUCAUUGCAAGAACAUAUACUCUUUGGAAGGAAUCUUCCUUAGCUUAAUGGAAACAGAUACCAAAUUCCAAACUUGGGAUCCCGAUGAAGCUCAUGUCUUCUUUCUUCCCUUUAGCGUUGUUAUGAUCAUUGCAUUACUCUUUGAUCCAAUUAUUCGUGACAAAGCUGUACUAGAGCGUACUAUUGUUGGUUAUGUCAAUCUCAUAGCUCACAGGUAUCCAUACUGGAACAGAAGCCUUGGAGCUGAUCAUUUCAUGCUUUCUUGCCAUGAUUGGGGUCCACGAGCAACAUGGUAUGUUCCGCAGCUUUAUUUCACUUCCAUCCGAGUACUAUGUAACGCGAAUACCUCAGAACACUUUAAUCCAAAGAAAGAUGCAUCAUUUCCUGAAAUCAACCUGGUAACUGGGGAGAUUACUGAUCUCACUGGUGGCUUGCCCCCGUCUAAUCGCACAAUCCUAGCAUUCUUUGCCGGUGCCAUGCAUGGCCGAAUUAGACCAGCACUUUUCCAGCAUUGGAUGGGGAAAGACAAAGAUGUACUAGUUUAUGAGAGACUCCCUGAAGGACUUUCAUACUAUGAAAUGAUGAAGAAGAGCAAGUACUGCAUUUGUCCAAGUGGGCAUGAAGUUGCAAGUCCAAGAAUUGCUGAGGCAAUCUAUUCAGAGUGUGUUCCAGUGUUAAUAUCACAGCAUUAUGUCCUUCCAUUUAGCGAUGUUCUUAAUUGGGACUCUUUCACAAUUCAAGUUUCAGUGAGUGAAAUACCAAACCUCAAGAAAAUCUUGUUGGGGAUACCUGAUGAUCAGUAUGUUAGAAUGCAGGAGAGAGUGAAGCAGGUCCAACGACAUUUUGCAGUCAACGAUCCUCCCAAGAGAUAUGAUGUUUUCCAUAUGAUAAUACAUUCAAUUUGGCUCAGGAGAUUGAAUUUUAACGUUAAUAGAUGA